UGCCUGAGUCAUCUGGCACUGCCCGAGGCUCCUGAGUCAUCAGGGCAAAAUAGGGGACCGAGCACCGGAUGAGAUGCCCUGCGGGAUACUUCCUGUCGUGGCCCCUCUCCCUGAGACAUUCUUCAUUGCAAUAUUUCCCAGAAGGGAAGUGAAGGGGGCGGCUGGGAGGAAGAGAGGUGUGUGUGUGUGUGUGUAGGGGGGUGACUAGGGUUCACAGAGGAGGGUACAGAGUUACAUCCCAGGAUUACAUAAACUCUUAGAGGCUGCCAAACAAUUAGGUCAGAUACGCACUUGAAGCCUGGAAGCCAGUGGGUGCUGUUAAACAGGAAAGAAGCCAGAGUCCUUCCCGGAGGCCUCUAAAGGUCUUAUCUGCCAUGGAGCGUGCUUCCUGCUUGCUGCUGCUGCUACUGCCACUGCUGCAAGUCUCUGCCACCACGCUGGAGCCUUGCGAACUGGACGACGACGACGAGCGCUGCGUGUGCAACUUCUCGGAUCCGCAGCCUGACUGGUCCAGCGCCUUGCAGUGUACGGUUGCGGUCGAAGUGGAGCUCCGCGGAGGUGGUCGCAGCCUGGAGCAGUUUCUCAAAUACGCAGACGUCGACGCGGACGUGCAGAAGUACCGUGACCUGAUCAGGUCUUUGCGCUUAAAGCGGCUCACGGUGGGGGCUGCACGGGUUCCUGCUCAGCUGUUGAUGGGCGUUCUGCGAGUUCUAGGCUACUCCCGCCUGAAGGAACUGACGCUUGAGGACCUGGAGGUUACGGGCACAAUGCCGCUGCCGCCCCUGGAAGCCAUUUGGCCAGCGGUAACCACUUUGAGUCUCCGUAACGUGUCGUGGGCGACAGGGGGUGCCUGGCUCUCCAAGCUGCAGCAGUGGCUCAAGCCGGGCCUCCAGGUACUGAACAUAGCCCAAGCACACUCACUUGCCUUUUCCUGCGAUCAGGUCCGCGCCUUCCCGGCCCUCACCACCCUAGACCUGUCUGACAAUCCUGGACUAGGCGAGCGCGGAUUGACCGCGACUCUCUGUCCCCACAAGUUCCCAGCCCUCCAAGAUCUAUCGAUACGCAACACCGGCAUGGAGACUCCCAAUGGCGUGUGCACCGCUCUCGCGACCGCAGGUGUGCAGCCCGUCCGCCUAGACCUCAGCUACAAUUCGCUGCGCGCCGCCGCAGAUCCCUUGACUCCGGGGUGUGUCUGGCCCAGCGCGCUGAACUCCCUCAAUCUGUCAUUCGCUGGGCUGGAGCAGGUGCCUAACGGACUGCCCGACAAACUUAGCGUGCUCGAUCUGAGCUGCAACCGGCUGAAUAGGGCACCGCGGCCGGACGAACUGCCCAAGGUGGAUAACCUGAAACUGGAUGGGAAUCCCUUUCUAAACCCUGAAGGCCCUAGCCCUCGAGAGGACUCAAUGAACUCUGGAGGGGUCCCAAUCUGUGCGCGUUCGCCCCUAGCAGUGGGGAUAUCAGGAACCCUGGCUCUGCUCCGAGGAGACCGGAUCUUUGGUUAAGGCCUGGGGGAAAUGACGGAUGGCUCAGAUUGCCCUGACUGGAGGGAAACCCCAUCAGGACAUUCAGGACUUCUUGACCAGCCAACCCUCUGUCUCACCUUUAUUAAAAUCUUAAAGGGUCUGGGUCAUUCACUCAGCUGAAUGCCUGCUAUAUGCCGGAUAAUGCUGAA